UAGAAACACGAAGCAGGCCAGUCGCUCGUGUGCGGGACUCCGCGUCGGAUGUCGAGGAUAGAUACGUCCAUGUGUCCUUUUAUCGUUUCUUCGCGUUCAUUGUCAAGCAUACGCGAUCGUGUAAUCGUAGUAAAGAGGAGGAGAUGGUGCUCCUGCUAAGAAUGUAUACCAAAGGAACGCUUGUCUCAUGUGAUUUUGUUAAAACGUUUAGGAAGUAACGUGUACGCAAGCGCGCGUUGGUUUGCGACGAAAAAGAAUCGGGCAGGCAUAGAGAGAAAGAAAGAGAGAGAGAGAGAGAGAGAGAGAGAGAGAGAGAGAGAGAAAGAGAAAGAGAAAGAAAGAGAAAAAGAGAGAAGAAUAGAUAGAAGGAGAGAUAGAGAGAGAGAAGAGAAAGAGCAAAAGCGAGGAAUUGGCAUCGGAGACACGGGCGCGUCUUUAACGUGCCUCAGGACCGAUCUGACCGAUCGACCGUCAUCGCUUCUUUCCCCAUAGUUUUUAAAUAUAUAUACACAUACAUACAUAUAUAUAUAUACAUACACAUAUAUAUAUAUACCUCUCUCUCUCUCGCAUUUAAUAUAGAACAACGGCAAACGACAUAAGAACGAUAUUCUUAUUAAAUAAGGAAGGAAGUAAAGAGUCAUGGUAUCGAGAUACCACGACGCUACUUCCGACUUUACUACUGAGGAUCGUUUCGGUGCAUAUUGUUGUCAUACCCAGGACAUGGCCUGUGAUCGUGUUGACUCGGACUUCGAGUUCUCUAUACCGCCCGAAGCCCCUGUAUUUGAGCCGAGUACUGAGGAGUUCCUCGACCCUCUUGGAUAUAUCGCGAAAAUAAGACCGAUCGCUGAGAAAUCUGGCAUCUGCAAGAUCAAACCUCCGCCCAACUGGCAGCCACCAUUCGCAGUUGAUGUUGACAAAUUCAAAUUUGUCCCACGUAUACAAAGAUUAAAUGAAUUAGAAGCUAAAACUAGGAUAAAACUCAAUUUCUUAGAUCAAAUCGCUAAGUUCUGGGAAUUACAAGGAUCAUCAUUAAAAAUACCUCUUGUAGAGCGUAAAGCUUUGGAUUUGUAUUCUUUGCACAAGAUUGUCACGGACGAAGGAGGUGUAGAAACGGUAACGAAGGAAAGAAGAUGGGCGAAAAUUGCCAACAAAUUAGGUUAUCCCUCUGGAAGAAGCGUUGGAAGUAUUUUAAAAAAUCACUACGAAAGAAUUUUAUAUCCAUUUGACGUAUUUAAACAAGGAAAAGCAUUGAUCGAUAUUAAAAUAGAACCAGAUUCUGACGAAAAAGAGAAAAGAGAUCGUGAUUACAAACCUCAUGGAAUAAUAUCAAGGCAGCAAAUCAAACCCCCAGCAGAGAAGUUUUCGCGUCGUUCAAAGAGAUUUUCUGGCCAAGAAGAAAAGCAAGAAGUCUGCGUCAAGCAAGAAGAUUGCAAAGAAGAAUAUGAUUCCGAUCAAGACUGCAAAGAAGGUAUUGUUAGAAGCAAAUAUGUAGAUAAUGAUAAAAGUAAAGAACUUAAGAAAUUACAAUUUUAUGGAGCCGGUCCAAAAAUGGCUGGUUUUAAUACCAAAGAACCAAAGAAGUCUAACAAAACUAGAGGCGUUAAACUAACGUACGAGUUUGACCCACUUGCAAAAUACAUUUGUCAUAAUUGUGGGAGAGGUGACAAUGAAGAAAAUAUGCUUCUGUGUGAUGGCUGCGAUGAUAGCUACCACACAUUUUGUUUAAUGCCACCUUUAACAGAGAUACCUAAAGGAGACUGGAGGUGUCCAAAAUGUGUCGCGGAAGAAGUUUCAAAACCAAUGGAGGCCUUUGGUUUUGAACAAGCGCAAAGGGAGUACACCCUUCAACAAUUUGGCGAAAUGGCAGAUCAAUUCAAAAGCGACUAUUUCAACAUGCCAGUACACAUGGUUCCGACUUCGUUAGUAGAAAAAGAAUUUUGGAGAAUAGUAUCAUCUAUCGAUGAAGAUGUUACAGUCGAAUAUGGCGCGGAUUUACAUACCAUGGAUCAUGGAUCUGGAUUUCCAACGAAAACAAGUGUUAAUUUAUUUACGUGUGAUCAAGAAUAUGCCGAGUCCUGGUGGAAUUUAAACAAUUUACCGGUUUUACGUGGCAGUGUAUUAGGUCAUAUCAAUGCGGAUAUUAGUGGCAUGAAAGUCCCAUGGAUGUACGUUGGCAUGUGUUUUGCAACAUUUUGUUGGCACAAUGAAGAUCAUUGGAGUUAUUCUAUUAAUUAUUUACAUUGGGGAGAACCAAAAACAUGGUACGGUGUGCCUGGUUCUCAGGCAGAAAAAUUUGAACACUCUAUGAAAUCUGCUGCACCUGAAUUAUUUCACAGUCAGCCUGAUUUGUUACAUCAAUUAGUGACAAUUAUGAAUCCAAAUAUUUUAACGAACGAAGGAGUAUCUGUGUUUAGAACUGAUCAACAUGCUGGUGAAUUUGUUGUAACAUUUCCAAGAGCAUAUCAUGCAGGUUUCAAUCAAGGUUAUAAUUUCGCAGAGGCAGUAAAUUUUGCACCUGCAGAUUGGCUCAAAAUGGGAAGAGAGUGCAUCACACAUUAUUCAAAUUUAAGGAGGUUUUGUGUAUUCUCUCACGACGAAUUAGUAUGCAAAAUGUCUUUAGAUCCAGAUUCAUUAGAUAUUGGAAUUGCUACGGCUACUUAUCAUGAUAUGUUACAAAUGGUAGAUGACGAAAAAAAAUUACGAAAAAAUUUGCUGGAAUGGGGUGUAACAGAGGCUGAACGCGAAGCCUUUGAGUUAUUACCAGACGAUGAACGACAGUGUGAAGCCUGUAAAACAACUUGUUUUUUAAGUGCAGUUACAUGUUCGUGUCACAAUUCCCAAUUGGUUUGUUUAAGACAUUUUACGGAUCUUUGUGAUUGUCCACCAGAAAAACAUACAUUACGCUAUCGUUAUACGUUAGACGAAUUGCCAAUCAUGUUACAAAAGUUAAAGUUGAAAGCAGAGUCUUUCGACUCAUGGGUAACUAAAGUUAAAGAAGCCAUGGAUCCAAAGAAUGAUAAAGUUGAACUUAGUGAGUUGAAAGAACUUUUGAAUGAGGCAGAAAAUAAAAAGUUCCCGGAUAGUGAAUUAUUAACAGCAUUAACGACGGCCGUACAAGAUGCUGAAAAAUGUGCAAGCGUUGCGCAACAAUUGUUAAACAACAAACAACGUACAAGGACCAGGCAAUCUGUAGAGACAAAAUAUAAAUUAACCGUGGAAGAGUUGACAUUAUUUUAUAAAGAAAUAACAAAUUUAUGUUGUGACUUAAAAGAAUCCGAUGGCGUAAAGUUUAUAUUGGAUCAGGUAUUACAAUUUCAAAGUGACGCAGAGAAAUUGGAGUCUAAAGAAGACGAUUGUGAUAUUGAUAAACUAGAAAAGUGUAUAGAGUUUGGAGAUUCCAUAUGUAUCGAACUACCACAACUUGUACGCUUAAAACAGAAAUUAGCACAAAUGCAAUGGCUUGAAGAGAUAAAAACCCUUCAAGAAGAUCCAAAGUCCGUAAGUCGUGAGGAUUUGGUAAGAUUAAUAGAAAAAGGAACGACGAUACCUCCGCACUUUAAAAUAGAAACUACUCUAGCAGAAUUACGAACGUUGAUGACUGCAAUCGAUAAGUGGGAAGAAAAAGCAAAAUUAUAUUUGAAUGCAAGAAAUAGGCCAACCAUUUCGACGGUCGAAGAAUUUGUCCGUGAAGCCGACGAAGUGGAAGGUUAUCUUCCAAGUUUAAAUACUUUGCAAGAUUUAUUAAGUCGUGCGAAAAAUUGGUCGAACAUGGUAGAGGAGAUUCAAGGGAGAGAAAAUUUUCCAUAUUACGAUACGUUAGAUGAAAUCGUUAGAAAAGGUAGGAGUAUAUCAUUACAAUUGGAUACUCUUUCGAUGUUAGAAUCUACCCUUUCUCAAGCAAAAACUUGGAAAGAAAGAACAGUAAGGACAUUCCUAAGGAAAAAUUCACAUUAUACGCUGAUGGAGGCAUUGUCACCGCGCAUCGGUGUUGGUGUAUUAGCUAUGAAAACAAAAAGAAAUAGAGGGGAUGAAUCUGUCGGUGCUGUGUUCGUUUGUGAUACAAAACUCGAUGAUUCGAAUGACUCUGCUACCGUUGUAGCCGCGUUCAAAUUGGCAGAACAACGUGAGAUGGAUGCAAUGAGAAGUUUAAGGGAAAGAAAUUUAUUAAAAACCGAAAUGGAUGAUUCUAGAUAUUGUGUGUGUCGUAGACCAAGAUUUGGACUUAUGCUUCAGUGUGAGCUUUGCAAAGAUUGGUUCCAUUCGAAUUGUGUCCCAUUACCUAAGACAACGUAUAAAGGGAAAGUACCUAUGUCAAGGGAGGUGAAAUUUUUAUGUCCAUGUUGUUUACGUUCAAGAAGGCCUCGCUUGGAAACAAUUUUAGCACUUUUAGUUAGCCUACAAAAGAUCUCAAUACGUUUACCCGAAGGUGAGGCAUUGCAAUGUCUAACAGAACGGGCAAUGAACUGGCAGGAUCGUGCAAGACAAGCUUUGGCAACGGAAGAAAUUUCCUCGGCGUUGGCGACGUUAUCGGCACUUUCGCAAAAAUUAGUCGAAGCUGCUGCCAGAGAAAAAACGGAAAAGAUUAUUAGUAGUGAAUUAAAGAAAGCAGCUAAUAAUCCUGAAUUACAUCAAAGAGUACAAGCUAUCGCACCUCUUAGCGGUGUUCAUUCGGAUGAUAGUGUACUUAGCACGGCAGAUGACGAUGACGAUGUCGUUACGAUCGAUGACGAUGAACCGACGUGUAGUACCUUCAAUAGUAAUGAGCAUGCCUAUUCUUACAUUUCAAAACUCCAACGUAAAUCUCAAUCAAGUGAUUCCUCAGAAACAGCGGUAAUCCUGUCGCAUAGUGCGAGGCAACAUCUAGAAGAAUUAAUGAUGGAAGGUGAUUUGCUAGAAGUUGCAUUAGACGAGACGCAACAUAUUUGGCGUAUUUUAAGUCAUACGAAUAGUCCGAGUACUAUUAGAAAAUAUGCGGCCCUUGAAGAAAUUCAAACUAAUUGCAAUCAAGAGGCUAAGGAUGCUAAGAAACGUGGUAGGAAAAGAAAAUCCGAAGAACUUGAAUUAUUGAAGAAACUUGGAAAGCAAAAAAUCGAUGACAAAAGUUUAGUCAAACGUAAGGGAUUGGUAAAAGAGAAAAAAUCGGCUAGUUCACCGGUACCAAUAAAACGUGGCCCACGAAAGAUGAAACGAAAAGAGGGAGAGGAAGGUCCAAAGAAAAGAGGAGGUAAUAGAAAGAAAACUAAGCAAGAUACUUCGGACGAGGAAGAAGAUUGUGCCGCGGUUAAUUGUUUACAUCCCAGCGGUAGAGAAGUUGAUUGGGUCCAAUGCGAUGGAGGAUGCGAAGGUUGGUUUCAUAUGCAUUGCGUUGGUCUUGAUAGAACAGAAAUCGCAGAAGAGGACGAUUACAUUUGUAGUAAUUGUAAAGAGACAGACCAAAAUGUAACGUAUCGAGCAGGAAUCUAUGUCGAUAUAGAAAUUGGAAAGAAAAGAAAAAGAAAAAUUACAAGUUGGUUGUGUAGUCGGUCACGUAAACGCAGUGGAUGAACCGGGAUGAUGAUAAUAAUAAUGCAUUUUUCGUUAUAUCACAACGAAAUAUAUAAAUACCUUUCGAGACUUUAUAACUCGUUAGUGUGAAUAAUUAUUGAUAAAACAACUUGUGUCUUCUGCUUGUCUCAUGAACUCUCUCCCUCGCUACUAAUGCAGACGGUAAAAACAAAACAGAACACAACAGAACAAACAGAAAAAAAAAUAUAUAUAGGACGAUAUAUUUAAUGGAAAGGAGGAGAUGGAGGUGGAGAAAGAGGAGGAAGAGGAGCAGGAGGACGAGGAAGCACAGCAGCAACAACAACAACAACAACAUCAACAUCCACAUCAACAACGAUUCUAAAAAAAACCGGAGCAACGUUUAUUACCGAUGAUUUACCGAAGUACAAUCCGUAGUGUUCCUUGAUGACUAUCUUGUAAAAACAAAAAAAAAAAAAAAGAAAAAAAGAACAGUGAAGUUAAAGAAACAAACAAAAAAUACUUGGACGGUUGAAAAGUGCGAUGAACUAUUAGGAAAUUAUAUAUAAGUAAAAAUAGUGAAUGUUUUUUUUCCAUCUAAGAAUUCAUUCAAAUGAAAUAUGUAAUUUGGAAACAUUGACAACAACAAUAACAGCAGCAACAACAAUAUUAAUAAUAAUAACAACAACAACACUUUUCUCUAAUUAAUGGAAAAAAUUCCGUCGAAUUUUAUAUCGGCUUUUAGAAUGAUAUAGGGUGCACAAAAAUUAUGUCUAAUUUUUUUUUGCACCUGAUUAUAUUGUACAUACAUAGACUAAGAGACAGAGAGAGAGAGAGAGAGAGCGAGAAAGAGAGAGAGGGAGAUAGAAUGUAUGUUUAUCCUGUGUGUGUAAGAGAGUGAGAGAGAACGAGAAAAAGAAUGUAAGAAAGAUUUGUGUGUGAUCUAUUAAGAUAAAAUUAUACAUAUAUACGUGUAUAAAUCAUAUAUAUAUUAUAUAUAAAUAUAUAUAUAUAUAUAUAUAUAUAUAUAUAUAUAUAUAUAUAUAUAUAUAUAUAUAUAUAAAUAAUUAUGUAUGUUAGGUUGAUGAUAAUUAAUAUUAUUCUUAGAAUAUAAGGGUACACAUAUAUCCAGUUUGUAUAAAAGAGACAAGGAUUUACAUGCCACAUUGAAGACAAGCAUGUCAUCUUUACUCUGCCUUCUCUACGAAAUAGCUAUUAACAGAGAUAACAUUGUUUCGUAUUAUCCCCUGAUCCUACAUCUCCCCACAACCCCAAGGCCGCUUUUUAUUUUCUUUUUUUUUUUUUUUUAAAUCUUUUAUUUCUCACGAAUUUUUCAAUCUAUAUAACUACGUCUUAUUUAUUUUUCUUAGAUACUUAAUUACUUAAUUAUUAUUAUUAUUAUUAUUAUUAUUAUAUAUAUAUUAAUUAAUUAAUUAAUUAAUUAUUAUUAUUAUUAUUAUUAUUAUUAUUAUUAUUAUUAUUAAAUACGUUUUUUUUUUAUUUUCCAUAAAAAUAAAUAAUAAUUUUUUAAAUAUCUGAGACACGAAUUUAAACUUUUUAGCUUUAAUCUUUUGAUGUAUGUAAAUUUCUGUUUUGAAUAAAUGAAUUAUUGGAGGAUACUUAUCUUCCCUCCCCUUUUUUUUUUUCUUUUCUUUUUCAUUUAAUUGUCUUAAUAUAAAAUUUAUUUACGCUAACGAAGAAUGUUAUAUGUAAUUUUAAAACGUAAAUCAUCAAAGUGUCUCUCUUUUUUUUUUUCGUAAUCAUUUUCUUAGUCUAGUUACAUUCACAAGCGGAAUGCAGAGUUUACAAUGUAUAAAUAAAAGAAAGAAAGAAAAAUAAAACAAAAAAAUAAAAAUUAUAUAUAUAUAUAUAUAUAUAUAUAUAUAUAUAUAUAUAAAAUAAAUCUAGAGAAAUAAUUUUACCUUAGAUAUAAGAACUCGCGUAUCGCGUUUGAUGCAAGUCGAUGCAUAAAACUUUGUACAAUGACAUAAUUGUUAAGAAAAAAAAAAAGGAAUACUAUUAAAAAGAAGUAUCAACAAUUA